AUGAAGGCCCUGCUUCUCACCGCCACGGCCUUUGCGAGCCUUGCUUCAGGCAUAGCCAUACUCCCACCCUCGCCCUACAAGGUCCCGCAUGCGCCCGACCCAGCCACCAUGUGGCGCGUCAGUCUCUACCAGGCGGCCGCUUCCUCUCUCGUGGAACAAGCCGCCCGAGACACGUUCACCGCCCAGAUCUACAAAAUCUGGCGCGUGCCCAUGAACGACCCUUGCGGCCUCAAGUGCUAUACCCCUUCGGCAGAGCUCCUUGUGCAUGAGUGCGCGGCAAGGCUGGCACCGUACGUGCAGGCGCAUGAGGAGAAAACAGCCUCGGAUGCUGUCGAAAUGUUGAAGACGCUCAGUCGAGCCACAGAACCUCCGGUCCCUGCCGACAAGCUCACCGACUUCAUCAACAGCGUCAUGGAUCAAUUGGCAACACUUGGGUUUAGGAACGGGGUCGACGCUGGAUUAGUGUGA